AUGUCUUCGCUGGAUACCUCAUAUGCAAGCGGCUUUCAGAAGGAAACAUGGACCUUGUAUUCUUUCGGAAUUUUGGUCUUGGUCCUACGAACGAUUGCUCGAGUGAGACGACUAGGGCUAGGUUCGCUACAGUAUGACGAUUAUCUGAUGGUAACGGGAGGCAUAUGGUACACCUUGCUAUGCAUUUCCUUAAAUGAAGUGGUCGCCGUUGGCGGCUCGAAUUUGAUGACCGAGGAGGACAUAAGGAACCUCACUCCAGAGAUCAAGGCGCUGCGUGUCAAGGGCAGCAAAUGGGUGUUUGUUUCAGAACAUGCGUUUGUGAUGACCAUUUGGACGUUAAAGGCAUGCAUGAUCAUAUUAUAUCGCCGCAUAAUGGAAGGAUUGAGCCAGCAGCGCCUGGUGAAAUAUCUCACCAUCUGGGUUGCCCUCGGAUUCGUCGGUUCAGAGCUGGCUCUCUUCUUAAUCUGCCGACCUUUACCAAACUAUUGGGCUGUUCCCACUCCUGACUAUCAAUGCUCGUCUUACCAAUACUAUGAGAUCAUCCAAGGGGUGCUCGCCAUCUCAUCCGACAUUCUCAUGCUGGUUAUCGCCAUUCCACUUCUGAUGGCCGUGCGACUACCCCAGAAGCAAAAGCUGAUUCUCGUCUUCAUUUUCGGGCUGGGUAUUUUCAUUAUCAUCGCAGCAAUUUUGACCAAGGUGUACUGUCUGGUACCAUCCUUGAUCUCCUAUGUGUACCUGAACUGGUACUUUAGAGAAGCCACCGUUGCGAUGCUUGUCACCUGUCUUCCAAUGACAUGGUCCUUGUUAAGAGACAUAUUCCCAGCCCUUAAAAGCUGGACAGGCGGAUCACGACAAUAUGAAACAGGAAAAGUUACCACCGGACGCAGAACAGGCUCGCGGCCUCCUUUCCAGUCGACAAAGGACCACAUGCAACUGAACUCCUUUAGCCGCGGUCAGUUUUCCCACGGGAAUACCACUGAAAGUGAUAUAGGAUACGAGUCUAGCCACGGACUACCACACGGCCAUGGCACCAAGUAUCAAGACGACAAAGGCGACGCCGAACCCCUGAAGUCGAUACACGUCCGUCAAGAUGUUACCGUGACGGUACAAGAUGAGCGGGACAGUGACGAGACACUGUCUGGCAGCUAUCCCAGACAUCAAAGAAAAGCUGCAGGCUGGGAUCUGGCAUGA